AUGCCCCGCGCCCCUUCUAGCACUUUCCCUAGCCCAAAUGUCUCAUAUACGAUCCUACUCGCGUUCGGCUGGAGCGAAAUCAAGGCGCCAAUCUCCGUAUUGAGUCUUGAUUGUUCGAGCACAAUAAUCCGUCUGUUGCAAGCGCGAAGCGCUAUAGCAGCCACUGGAUCACUUCUCGUGAUCCUCGUGAUAACGCCAACUUUUGACCAGCUUCGCCCACUUGGUGCCUUCCCUCCACCUCCACCUCCACCAUCAUCCUCCACAUUCCGCAUGUCUACCGCCACAGUCACCGAAUCUGUCACCAUUACCAAGGACAAUGUCCGCAUGCGCCUGGAUGGCAGAGACCCUAAGUUUGGAGACUUUCGCGAUGAUCUCGCACGAGACGGUUUCGCCGUUGUGAAAGGAGCCAUUCCCAGAGAACGGGCUCUCAAAUAUGCCGACGAGAUGCACUCAUGGCUGGAGGGCUUCAACCUUGGCUACGACCGAAAUGACCCGUCUACGGUCCACAAAGACCGUCUUCCCCUCAUCAACGAGAAAGGUAUGUGCAUGCACUACAGCGUUGCCCACGAAAAGUUCGUCUGGGACGUCCGCAGCGAGCCCGGCGUCGUCGAGGCUUUUGAGAAAGUCUACAAUAAUAAAGACCUCAUCGUCUCCUUCGACGCAGUCAACUUUGGCUUCCCAAACCGCACUGACCUUCCACCAAACAAACCUUGGCCACACCAAGACCAAGACCCCGACAAGCCCGACUUUCGCUGCCUCCAAGGACUCGUCAACCUCCUCCCAAACGGCCCCAACGACGGCGGUCUGAUCGUCUGCCGCGGCGCGCAUCUUCUCUCCGACGAAUUCCACAGUGACCCGGUAAUCCGCGCUGAGGAGCGCAUCCCCGCCUGGACGCCCGAAUGGUACGGGUUCACCGAGACAGGCAUGAAAUGGCUCGCGGACCACAACUGCGAGUGGGUCAAGGUCUGCGCGGAACCAGGCGAUAUCCUCCUCUGGGACUCCCGCACCCCGCAUUAUAAUCUGAGCCCCAAGGGUCAAACGCCGAGGUUCUGCAUAUACACCUGCUACAUGCCAGUUGCCGACGCGAGUCAGGAGGAUCUGGUGCGGAAGAAGGAGUCAUUUGAGAAUCGGCUCGGCACGACGCAUUGGCCGAAUGCGAAUCACACGGGAUCGAACGUUGCGACGAGGGAUGGGAAGGAGUGUCCGUAUAACCGAUUCAAGCCGGUAAUGGAGCCGGUAUUGAACGAGAGGGCAUUCAGGUUGACGGGCAUUCCGUACCUUCGCAGCCAGGCUUAG